AUGCAUAUCAAAAGCAUCAUCCUAGCACUGAGCUGUGCCUCUGUCGCACUCGGACAAUUGGCAGACACUACAGCCUAUCCAAUUGGUCCUCUGACUUCAUCUAGCGACAAAUGGGCAACAAAAAUCUGUGAUAUCACAAAAUAUGGAGCCGUAGCCGAUGGCGAAACCGACGCCGGUCCAGCUAUUCUUGCUGCCUUCGAGGCGUGUGCUUCUGGUGGUGUAGUCAAUAUUCCUUUGGGAACAUUUGCUAUGGCUACUUGGGUUACAUUAAGUGGUGGAACUGCAUGGGCCAUCAACCUGGAAGGAAUUAUUGUGCGAACCGGCACUGCUGGUGGAAACAUGAUCUACAUUGAGCACAGUACCGAUUUUGAAAUCUAUUCUUCCCGUGGCGUGGGUGCAAUCCAAGGCUACGGGUACCAAUUCCACGAACAAGGAGAAUAUGGUCCACGUCUCUUGCGUCUGUAUGAUGUAACGAAUUUUGCCAUCCAUGACAUUGCUCUUGUUGACUCCCCUGCUUUUCAUUUAACUCUUGACACUUGCAACCAGGGAGAGGUGUACAACAUGAUCGUUAGGGGCGGCAACGAAGGCGGUCUUGAUGGAAUUGAUUUGUGGGGAUUUGAUAUCUGGGUGCACGAUGUUGAAGUCACCAAUAAGGAUGAAUGUGUCACUGUUAAAAACCCAUCGAACCAUAUCCAGGUGGAGAAUAUUUACUGCAACUGGUCUGGUGGUUGUAGUAUGGGCUCCUUGGGCAAUGACACUAAUAUCUCCAAGAUCCUCUACAACAAUAUCUACACCGUCAAUUCAAAUCAAAUGUUUAUGUUCAAGAGUAAUGGUGGAUCGGGAGAAGUCACCGAGGUCACACUCCAGAACUUCAUUGGACAUGAAAACGCAUAUUCGUUUUACAUUAAUGCAUACUGGUCUGACCUGGCUAACCAAGGCGGAGCUGGCGUUCUCUACAAUUCCAUCACGGUCAAUAACUGGAAAGGAACUUGUGCGAAUGGCGCUACACGGCCUCCACUUUAUGCCUUAUGCCCUUCGACAAACCCUUGUACUAAUAUCAUCAUUGAGAACUUUGACAUGUGGACGGAAUCAGGCAGCACCGAGUAUUACAAAUGUGCUGAUGCUUGGGGUUCAGGUUAUUGUCUCCAUGCAGGAACACAACACACGGAGUAUGGUACUGUAACAUCCACGGUCACCUCUGCACCUUCAGGAUACUCGGCAACAACAAUGCCUGGGCAGCUCACCGCCGGUUUAGGAAUUACAACACCUAUUGCCAUCCCGACCGUUCCUAACUCAUUUUACCCAGGUGCAACCCCAGCCACGGCCCGAGUUUACGGCAGCUAA